CAGAGGGAAAAAAAGUCUCAUGGUUAGGCUGUGAUAUCUGGGUUGAGAGAUGAGAUGGCAAAGAGGGGUGGAAAAGGUAUUGCAAUCCCUUCUGAUAUCACUGCCAGUCUCUCCCAGUUUCUGAGCUCAUAUGAGAGACGCUGUGUGGAAAGUGGAAGCUGUGUCAGCCCCUCUGUGAGACGAGAUGCUCAGCGUUGCAUUGAAAAGGGGAAAAGCCUGACAAAGCUCACGCUGAUCUUUCCUGAGAACACACCUGGGGUUCACCUGUCCAGCAGCCUGUGGCCCCUCCUCCAAGCAGUGCGGGACACACGCUACACACACGGGCACGAGCUGACCGUCUGGGACUCAUCGCCAAGAGAUCAGGACAUCGCUGAUCUCUGUCUCCUGCUGGAGAAACGAGGGCGGACGGUGUACCCUUUCAGAAAGCUGGAGCUGCUGGACUGCAGGCUGGAUGUGUGGUCCCUGGGGCGGCUGGGCCGGGCUGGGAAACUCAGCUUCCUUACCUCCCUCUGUUUGGAUUAUACCCCUGUUGGAGAGGAAGGAGUGAGAGCACUACUGUCUGGCCUAGAGGGGGACAACCAUGUGCUUUCCCUGAGUUUGUGUUACUGUUCCCUGGGCCCAAGCAGUGGAACACUGCUGGGUGCUCUGGUCUCAACGACUGCUGUGAGAGAUCUAUAUGUCAAUGGCAAUGACCUGCAGUGUGAGGGCGCAGAGGAGCUGGUCACCGUGCUGGUGGAAUAUGAAGACCGUAUGGCCCUCGAGAAACCCACAGAUACUGCUAUGUCAAGCCCACCAAGGAGCAGGACACCAUCUUCACAGGGAAAAAAGAAAAAGAGAAAAGGGAAGAAGAGGAAAUCUGUAACAAGGCCUCCUGAAAUUGCUCCCUGGCUGGAGAAACUGCACCUCUCAGACAAUGGCAUCGACACGUUUAGUCCAGGAAGGACUGUAACAGCGAUGACCUUCACGCUAACACUUUGCUCGCUCAUUAAGAUCUCCACUCAUCUGGCUGAGCUGGACCUCAGUGAAAACCACAUAGGGGAUGAGAAUGGAGAACUACUGCUGGAGGCCCUGCAGGAGAGGAAAGAGGGUAAAAUGGCAAUGUUAAAAGUCUUAGUUUCCACCCAGAUGAGUGCAGGUACAUUUGCUGCCAUCUUGAAGUUUUCCAAAAAACUGAAGUCUGUGAAAAAGAAAAAAAAGGCAAAAAACUAAGGAUUUGCAUCGCUGGAAAGGAUUCCAUCUGAAUUGACAAAGGAGUUGACAUUAAUUCAGGACAUACAUUUCACCUGUAUAUGUAAUUUGUGAAUAAUGUAAAUAAUGGAAGAUAGCUUACUUUUAGGCCCUGCUUAGACUUGUCUUUCUGUGUAACACAUAUCCUACAUUAAAUGAUUAAACACAGGAAAACUGAUGUGAAUAGAAUUACAGCAAUCUGUAGAAAUGUUAACAUCAUAUAUAUCAAUAUCAUCAUAUAUAUAUAAUUUCACAUGACACUUAAUCAGAUUCUGAACCAUUCUACAGCUGGAAAAUCGCAUACAUACAAGUAAUUUGGGCAGUUAAAGCUUUGCAAACACUCCACCUUCACUGGCCAUUGAGCCUCCCCAUAUCACUACAAAUAGCCAGGUCUUCUUUUCAACGAGCAGGUCAUGCAAAGAGGAAAUAAAGAUGGUAUGUGUCCUG